UGUGUCAUUUCUCAGUGAGUACCUCAGUGGUUCUUGAGCUACCUGCGCUUCGCUUCUGAUUGGUAGACGCUCCAGAAGCAGAAGUUCAAUUUCUAUCCUGUUUUGAACAGAUGAAUUUACUACCGAAACAAUAGUAGACGCUUUUCGGUUACGUCGUGAAUUGUCUUUAUAAAAUAAAAAAAUGCAAGACGAUGUAUUUGCGCAAUUGGAUUUAAUAAUAUUUAGAAACUGGUGUACCAAUUGGACAUUUGAGGAGUUGCAAUUGAUGCAACAAGUGGACUUGGCAGUAAAGGAAAUUGUCGCGAGAGAACGAUUAGCAUCCGCAAUUCGUAAAAAUGAAUUUAAAAAAGUUGAUGCUGAAGAAGUGUUCUACAAAAAAAUUCAAGAUUGCCAAAGAAAGGAAGAAAAGAAGAGGAAGAUUAGGUCAGUUUUCACCCCAGAGCAACUGAAUAUGCUUGAAAAUGAAUUUAUAAGCUAUCAGAGUUUGGAAAAAAAUCGUGUCUUCGGGCUUAGUAAGACUUUAAAUUUAUCCGAAAAGCAAAUUAGGACCUGGUUCUCAAACCGAAGAAAUAAGGAAAGAAAAAUGGGCCAAAAAUCGAAUCGACGAAAUGUUUUGGAAGGAAAUUUUGAUAAAUCUGAACCAAACCAAUAUCCACAGAACCAUCAAGACUCGAUUGAGCAUCAGAAAUAUCAGAAUCCAGUUGAAUACUUAACCCCUUAUUCAUAGUCUUCCCACCAGGGCUCGCUUUCUCAGGGCUCAAAAGAAAAUUUUCUUUUAUUAAACAAAAAAAAA